AGAACUCGAUCGGGGAAGCGUUGGCUCGAAAAAUGGGAGGGCAAAGGAUCAGAAGGAAGAAAGGCGGCGUCGACGAGGGAUCGACGACCUGAUCCUGUGAUCUCUGAUCCGAAAGAGCGCGCCGAGAUCUUGGUUGCGCGGCGAUUGCGACGAAAAAUGAACGAAAGCGCGGUCUACCUGCUCGGCUCGGAAGAAGAGGGAAACGUGCCUAGCAACCAGCUGAACCGAAGCUUCUACAGCGCGAGCUACCCGCCCCAGAACCGUAGCCACGACGAGGAGGAUCUGUGGAACUUAGCCACGGAUCGAGCCGGCCUGGCCAUACUGCUGUUCCUGUUCUCGGUUGCGACCGUGUUCGGCAACACGUUGGUGAUCCUAGCCGUGGUCAGGGAGAGGUAUCUCCACACGGCGACCAAUUACUUCGUCACCUCGUUGGCGUUCGCCGAUUGCCUGGUCGGGUUGGUGGUGAUGCCGUUCAGCGCGAUUUACGAGGUGUUGGAGAACCGAUGGCUGUUCACCACGGACUGGUGCGACGUGUGGCGCUCGUUGGACGUCCUAUUCUCAACAGCCUCGAUCCUCAAUCUCUGCGUGAUCAGCCUGGAUCGUUACUGGGCCAUCACCGACCCGUUCACGUAUCCGAGCAAGAUGAGCAGGAAACGGGCCGCCAUACUCAUUGCGAUCGUGUGGAUAUGCUCGAGCGCCAUCUCGUUCCCGGCGAUCGUGUGGUGGAGGGCCGUACGGACGGAGGAGGUGCCGGAGGACAAGUGCCCGUUCACCGAGCACCUGGGAUAUCUCAUCUUCUCGUCGACCAUCAGCUUCUACCUACCCCUGUUCGUCAUGGUGUUCACUUACUACAAGAUCUACAGGGCGGCCGUGAUCCAGACCAAGAGCCUGAAGCUGGGCACGAAGCAAGUUUUGAUGGCCUCCGGUGAACUGGAACUCACUCUCAGGAUGCAUCGGGGCGGUGGAACCAACACGGACGCGAGACACCUGUUCCGCACCGCCUCGAGCACGCCCGAGGACCUCCAGGAUCUCGAGGAGCCGCUCACCACCAUUCAGCACAACAACUGUUUAACCAGGGUCCCGUCAACGAGGAUCAAUAAACAGCACAGGGGCAACAAUUUCUCCUUGUCCCGGAAACUGGCCAAGUUCGCCAAGGAGAAGAAGGCCGCCAAGACGCUGGGGAUCGUGAUGGGUGUCUUCAUCAUAUGCUGGCUCCCUUUCUUCGUCGUCAAUCUCUGGUCGGGUUUUUGCUCCCAGUGUAUAUGGCAGGAGAAGAUCGUGUUCGCCGCUGUUACGUGGCUCGGUUGGAUCAACAGCGGAAUGAAUCCGGUCAUAUACGCCUGCUGGAGCAGGGAUUUUCGUAGAGCGUUCGUGAGGAUCCUGUGCGCCUGCUGCCCGGGACGAGUAAGGCGGCGGUAUCAACCUGCAUUCAGAUGUAAACCAAGUCAAUAUAUUUCCGGGGCGGGUACGAGCGGCGAGGCGAGCCGCGUGAGUUACAGCAGCGUGAGCCAGAGCAGCGACGGUGCCGGAAGCGUGCUACCCAGCGGCGGGAUGUGACGUCACACGGGGGCCCGGUCUGGGCCUCGACGAGAGCGCGCUAUCCGUUUCCGUGACACGUGAUUGUAGGCUCGCUUCUCGAGGAAUCGUGUCGCGAAUUUCCACUCGGAAAUGCACAGAUUCCAGAUC